AAAUUCUGCACAUUACGCCCAUUCAUUCGUAAAGCACCCCAGAAAGAAGGCUAAUAAUGUCUCAGCCUAAAGCAGAAGAGCCCCUCAACAUCGAACAGCAUACUGAAUAUAUCAAGAAAGUAAUCAAAUGGAGUAUCACAGAUCUUGAAAGAUUACAGACUCUCUUGAAAGCACGAAUUGCUGCAGAAGAAGCCUACAUAGCUUCGUUACAAAAAAUCAAUAAAAACGUAACCGUUCCUGUGCGUGAACCGAUACCAUUCUUUGGCAACGACCCAGACUUUCAACGUACAUCACUACAAAGGGCAACCUUCAAGUAUGAAGCAUUUGUUGGAAAGACAAUCGAAUCACGCAACGGGUUAAUCGCACAUAUGAAAUAUGAAUUGGAAACCCUGGCAAAAGUAAAGAUUGACCAAGAAGCUCGUAAAAAAAGAAUAAAGCUUCUAGAUAUUGCCAACAAGAGUUAUCUUGACUACAGAAAAGAGGUGCCCAAGCCCGGUGCGACGACCUUAUUACUGCAAAAAACCAGCUUGAACAACAAGUCAAGAUUCAACAACAGCAAUUACAAUUAAAUUCGUCGGCGUCAUCGUCUCCAGUGGAUCAAAAUUAUGACCUCCUGGAUACCGAUUCUUCGUCUUUAGUCUCGCGCCCCUCGAUGGAAGAAAAUCCAAAGGUAUCUAGUGAGACUUCGCGGGAUGCGGACUUGGCCAGUACAACCGUUAUAGCUAUCAGUCCACCUGAUGGCAGUGGUCAUCACAG